GUUCUUUCACAGGGGAGAGUAAGGACCGUCAAGAGGGCGGGGCCAAGAAUACACCCUAGGAAUGAGCAGUCGGGAGAACGGAAUGGGCGGAACUCAGGGUGGGGCAACUUCCUAUUUCGAGUCUAAAGUAAUGUUGGUCUCGUCCGGCCGCCGUAAAGGGGUUGGGUUUAGUGUUCUCCCGCCAAUUUGAACCUGUGGGAUGGAACCUAAAGACUAGAGUCGGUUGUGUGAGUCAGGAAGAGGGGCCAGAUAUCUGAGUGUUCCUGUUUAGUUUCUUCAAUUGCAGGAAAGACAGUAGUUCCUGACUCAGGAAGACAGUCUCAGAAACAUGUGGAAUGAUAUUGAGCUGCUAACAAAUGAUGAUACCGGAAGUGGGUACCUGAGUGUCGGUUCAAGAAAAGAACAUGGAACUGCUUUAUAUCAAGUAGAUUUGCUAGUGAAGAUCUCUUCUGAAAAGGCCUCAUUAAAUCCAAAGAUACAGGCAUGCAGCUUAAGUGAUGGGUUUAUUAUUGUAGCUGACCAAUCAGUGAUAUUGCUUGACAGUAUUUGUAGAUCACUUCAAUUGCAUCUUGUCUUUGAUACUGAAGUGGAUGUAGUUGGCCUUUGUCAAGAAGGAAAGUUUCUUUUGGUUGGCGAGAGAAGUGGCAACCUACAUCUUAUUCAUGUAACAUCAAAACAAACACUACUCACUAAUGCAUUUGUUCAGAAAGCUAACGAUGAAAAUCGGCGGACUUACCAGAAUCUUGUCAUUGAGAAGGAUGGUUCAAAUGAAGGUACCUAUUAUAUGCUACUUCUUACAUACAGUGGAUUUUUUUGUAUUACAAACCUUCAGCUUUUAAAAAUUCAACAAGCAAUAGAGAAUGUAGACUUCAGUACAGCAAAAAAGUUACAAGGACAAAUCAAGUCCAGUUUUAUUUCUACUGAAAAUUAUCAUACUCUUGGUUGUCUCAGUCUUGUGGCUGGAGAUUUAGCAAGUGAAGUUCCUGUGAUAAUUGGGGGAACCGGUAAUUGUGCAUUCUCAAAAUGGGAACCAGAUUCUUCCAAGAAAGGAAUGACAGUUAAGAACCUUAUUGAUGCGGAGAUUAUUAAAGGUGCAAAGAAGUUCCAGCUGAUAGACAAUCUACUUUUUGUCAUUGAUACUGAUAACGUGCUGAGUUUAUGGGAUAUUUACACUCUAACUCCUGUAUGGAACUGGCCCUCUCUUCACGUAGAAGAGUUUCUUCUUACUACAGAAGCAGACUCUCCUUCAUCAGUCACGUGGCAAGGAAUUACAAAUCUCAAAUUAAUAGCUCUGACAGCUUCAGCUAAUAAGAAGAUGAAAAACCUCAUGGUUUAUUCAUUACCUACAAUGGAAAUACUAUAUUCUUUGGAAGUAUCUAGUGUUUCUUCUCUGGUCCAAACAGGAAUUAGCACAGAUACCAUAUACCUUUUAGAAGGAGUUUGCAAAAAUGAUCCAAAAUUGUCUGAAGACUCAGUCUCUGUGUUAGUACUCAGAUGUCUUACAGAAGCUUUACCAGAAAACAGAUUGAGUCGGUUACUUCACAAACACAGAUUUGCUGAAGCUGAGAGUUUUGCCAUUCAGUUUGGACUAGAUGUUGAGCUUGUUUACAAGGUCAAGUCAAAUCAUAUAUUGGAGAAACUGGCAUUGAGUUCUAUGGAUGCCAGUGAACAGACCGAAUGGCAACAACUUGUAGAUGACGCUAAGGAAAAUCUACAUAAAAUCCAGGACGAUGAAUUUGUGGUGAAUUACUGCCUGAAAGCUCAGUGGAUAACCUAUGAAACCACUCAAGAGAUGCUGAAUUAUGCCAAAACCAGGCUUUUGAAGAAAGAAGAUAAAACUGCUCUCAUUUAUUCUGAUGGCUUGAAAGAGGUGCUAAGAGCUCAUGCAAAAUUGACUACUUUUUAUGGAGCAUUUGGACCAGAAAAAUUCAGUGGCAGUUCUUGGAUUGAAUUUCUAAAUAAUGAAGAUGAUCUUAAAGAUAUUUUUUUACAGCUAAAAGAAGGAAACCUUGUUUGUGCACAGUAUCUUUGGCUUCGACAUCGGGCAAACUUUGAAAGCAGAUUUGAUGUGAAAAUGCUGGAGAGCUUGCUCAACUCAAUGUCUGCAUCAGUCUCUUUGCAAAAGCUGUGUCCAUGGUUUAAAAAUGAUGUGAUUCCAUUUGUAAGAAGGACUGUGCCUGAAGGACAGAUAAUUCUUGCAAAAUGGUUGGAGCAAGCAGCCAGGAACCUUGAAUUAACUGAUAAGGCAAAUUGGCCAGAAAAUGGACUUCAAUUGGCAGAGAUAUUUUUUACAGCAGAAAAAACAGACGAGUUGGGAUUGGCAUCUUCCUGGAAUUGGAUUUCCCUGAAAGAUUAUCAGAACACAGAGGAAGUAUGUCAGCUAAGGACUUUGGUAAAUAACUUGCGAGAGUUGAUCACAUUGCAUAGGAAGUACAACUGCAAAUUAGCCCUCUCUGAUUUUGAGAAGGAAAAUACAACCACCAUAGUGUUCCGAAUGUUUGAUAAAGUGCUGGCCCCAGAGCUUAUUCCCUCCGUCCUAGAGAAGUUUAUAAGAGUUUACAUGAGAGAACAUGACUUGCAAGAGGAGGAACUUCUCUUGCUGUACAUAGAGGAUUUACUGAAUAGAUGCAGCUCAAAGUCCACAUCACUCUUUGAAACAGCAUGGGAAGCAAAGGCCAUGGCAGUGAUAGCGUGUUUAUCUGACACGGACCUCAUAUUUGAUGCCGUGCUCAAGAUCAUGUAUGCAGCAGUGGUUCCUUGGAGUGCAGCUGUGGAGCAACUGGUGAAACAGCACCUGGAAAUGGACCAUCCCAAAGUCAAGUUAUUACAGGAAAGUUACAAACUAAUGGAGAUGAAAAAACUUUUACGAGGCUAUGGAAUAAGAGAGGUAAAUCUCUUAAACAAGGAAAUAAUGAGGGUGGUUAGAUACAUUCUCAAACAAGAUGUCCCAUCUUCUUUAGAAGAUGCUUUAAAGGUAGCCCAAGCGUUUAUGUUAUCUGAUGAUGAGAUCUACAGUCUAAGAAUUAUUGACCUGAUUGAUAGAGAACAGGGUGAAGACUGUCUCCUUCUGUUGAAGUCUUUGCCUCCUGCUGAAGCUGAGAAAACUGCAGAAAGAGUCAUCAUAUGGGCACGACUGGCGUUACAAGAAGAGCCAGAUCAUUCUAAAGAGGGCAAGGCCUGGAGAAUGUCUGUAGCGAAGACAUCUGUGGACAUUCUUAAGAUACUAUGUGACAUUCAGAAAGACAAUCUACAGAAGAAGGACGAAUGUGAAGAAAUGUUGAAACUAUUUAAAGAGGUUGCUAGCUUACAGGAGAACUUUGAGGUCUUUCUUUCAUUUGAAGAUUAUAGCAAUAGUUCCCUGGUAGCAGAUCUCCGUGAGCAGCACAUUAAAGCUCAUGAAGUUGCACGGGUGAAACACAAACCCGGGAGCACCCCAGAGCCCAUAGCUGCUGAGAUGAGGAGCCCAAGCAUGGAAUCAAAGCUGCACAGACAGGCGCUGGCCCUGCAGAUGUCCAAACAAGAGCUGGAGGCACAGCUGACCUUGAGAGCCUUAAAAGAUGGGAACAUCAAAACGGCACUGAAAAAAUGCAGAGACUUGUUUAAGUAUCACUGCAAUGCUGACACUGGGAAAUUGCUAUUUCUGACAUGUCAGAAGCUUUGUCAGAUGUUGGCUGAUAAUGUCCCAGUGACAGUGCCUGUGGGACUGAAUCUUCCUUCCAUGAUACACAAUCUAGCAAGCCAAGCUGCCACCAUUUGCAGUCCAGAUUUUUUACUAGAUGCUUUAGAACUAUGUAAACAUACUUUAAUGGCUGUAGAGCUUUCCAGACAAUGCCAAAUGGAUGACUGUGGAAUCCUCAUGAAAGCUUCUUUUGGGACACAUAAAGAUCCAUAUGAAGAGUGGUCUUACAGUGACUUCUUCAGUGAAGAUGGAAUUGUGCUUGAGUCACAGAUGGUGCUUCCGGUGAUUUAUGAACUGAUUUCAUUUCUUGUGCCUCUAGCUGAAAACAAGAGAUAUCCCUUGGAGUCUACCAGUUUGCCAUACUGCUCCCUUAAUGAAGGAGAUGGCCUUGUUUUACCUGUUAUAAAUUCCAUCUCUGCCCUGCUUCAGAAUCUUCAGGAAUCUAGCCAGUGGGAGCUGGCCCUAAGAUUUGUGGUUGGUUCAUUUGGUACCUGUCUUCAGCACUCUGUGUCAAACUUCAUGAAUGCCAGUUUGAGUGAAAAGUUAUUUGGAGAGACUGCAUUAGUUAAAUCAAGGCAUGUUAUGGAAUUGAAAGAAAAAGCUGUUAUAUUUAUCAGGGAAAAUGCUACAACACUACUGCACAAAGUAUUUAAUUGUCGCUUGGUAGAUCUUGACCUGGCGUUGGGUUACUGCACUCUCUUACCUCAAAAAGAUGUGUUUGAAAAUCUCUGGAAGCUCAUAGAUAAAGCAUGGCAGAAUUACGACAAAAUCUUGGCAAUAUCUCUGGUGGGCUCUGAGCUGGCAAGUCUCUAUCAGGAAAUAGAAAUGGGGCUUAAGUUCCGUGAACUCAGUACUGAUGCCCAGUGGGGCAUUCGUCUUGGUAAACUUGGUAUUUCUUUUCAACCAGUUUUCAGGCAGCAUUUUCUCACCAAGAAAGAGCUCAUUAAAGCUCUUGUGGAGAAUAUAGAUAUGGACACAAGCCUCAUUUUGGAAUAUUGCAGCACAUUUCAGUUGGACUGCGAUGCAGUUCUUCAGCUCUUCAUUGAAACGCUGCUCCACAACACGAAUGCCAGCCAAGGCCAGGGAGAUGCAAGCAUGGACUCUGCAAAGCGGCGGCAUCCCAAACUCCUGGCCAAAGCCCUUGAGAUGGUUCCUUUAUUGACGAGCACAAAAGAUUUGGUCAUCAGUCUUAGUGGAAUACUACAUAAGUUGGAUCCUUAUGAUUAUGAAAUGAUUGAAGUUGUCCUGAAAGUUAUAGAACGAGCUGAUGAAAAGAUAACCAAUAUUAAUAUUAAUCAGGCAUUGAGUAUUCUGAAACAUUUGAAGUCAUACAGAAGAAUUUCUCCUCCCGUGGAUCUAGAAUAUCAGUAUAUGUUGGAACAUGUCAUAACUUUGCCAUCAGCUGCCCAAACUAGACUGCCUUUUCACCUAAUAUUCUUUGGCACAGCACAGAACUUCUGGAAAAUUCUCUCUACAGAACUCAGUGAAGAAUCUUUCCCAACAUUGCUCUUAAUUUCGAAAUUAAUGAAGUUUUCUCUGGACACUCUGUACGUGUCUACAGCAAAACACGUUUUUGAAAAAAAACUGAAGCCAAAGCUCCUGAAGUUAACACAAGCUAAAUCGUCAACACUGAUGAACAAGGAAAUAACUAAGAUCACGCAGACCAUCGAAUCCUACUUACUCUCUAUAGUCAACCCAGAGUGGGCUGUAGCUAUUGCCAUCAGCCUUGCCCAGGAUAUCCCUGAAGGUUCCUUCAAGAUGUCUGCUUUGAAAUUCUGCCUUUAUUUAGCUGAAAGAUGGCUACAGAAUAUCCCAUCGCAGCAUGAAAAACGUGAAAAAGCCGAGGCUUUGUUGAAGAAGCUUCAUAUCCAGUACCGGCGAUCGGGCACAGAAGCUGUGCUCAUAGCCCACAAGCUGAACACUGAGGAAUAUUUAAGAGUGAUCGGAAAGCCAGCACAUCUUAUUGUCAGUCUCUACGAACAUCCUAGCAUCAAUCAAAGAAUUCAGAAUUCAUCUGGCACAGAUUAUCCUGAUAUUCAUGCAGCAGCUAAAGAAAUAGCUGAAGUCAAUGAAAUUAAUUUGGAAAAAGUCUGGGACAUGUUGUUGGAAAAAUGGCUAUGCCCUUCAACAAAACCUGGUGAAAAACCAUCAGAAUUAUUUGAACUUCAAGAAGAUGAAGCCCUACGAAGAGUGCAGUAUCUCCUCCUGUCUCGUCCAAUUGAUUAUAGUUCAAGAAUGCUCUUUGUAUUUGCAACAUCAACUACAACCACAUUAGGUAUGCAUCAGUUAACUUUUGCCCAUAGAACUCGAGCUCUUCAGUGUCUCUUCUAUUUGGCUGACAAGGAAACUAUAGAAUCUCUCUUUAAAAAACCCAUUGAAGAAGUGAAAUCUUAUUUGAAAUGUAUAACUUUUCUGGCAUCAUUUGAGACUUUGAAUAUCCCCAUCACAUAUGAAUUAUUUUGCAACAGUCCUAAAGAAGGAAUGAUUAAGGGUCUGUGGAAAAACCACAGCCAUGAGUCCAUGGCAGUAAGAUUGGUGACUGAGCUGUGUUUAGAAUACAAAAUCUAUGACCUGCACCUUUGGAAUGGACUCUUGCAAAAGCUUCUGGGCUUCAAUAUGAUUCCUUAUCUAAGGAAAGUUUUAAAAGCCAUUUCCAGUAUCCAUUCUUUAUGGCAGGUUCCCUACUUCAGCAAAGCGUGGCAGCGUGUGAUACAGAUACCACUGCUUUCAGCCUCUUGUCCUUUAAGUCCUGAUCAGCUGUCAGAUUGUUCUGAGAGUCUCAUCGCUGUCCUCGAAUGUCCAGUCUCAGAUGAUCUUGACCUGAUCGGAGUCGCCAGGCAAUAUAUCCAGUUAGAACUUCCGGCUUUUGCAUUAGCUUGUCUGAUGCUCAUGCCCCACUCAGAGAAAAGACACCAGCAAAUUAAGAAUUUUCUGGGUUCGUGUGACCCUCAGGUUAUUUUAAAGCAAUUGGAAGAGCAUAUGAACACGGGCCAGCUAGCAGGAUUUUCACAUCAAAUUAAAAGUCUGAUUCUGAAUAAUAUCAUCAGUAAGAAGGAGUUUGGGAUUUUGGCAAAGACCAAAUACUUUCAAAUGUUGAAGAUGCAUGUGAUGAAUACCAACAAUAUCACUGAGCUAGUAAACUAUUUGGCAAAUGACCUAAGUUUAGAUGAAGCUUCAGUCUUGAUAACUGAAUAUUCAAAGCACUGCGGGAAACCUGUGCCUCCAGAUGCCGCUCCCUGUGAAAUUCUGAAGAUGUUUCUUAGUGGAUUAUAGUAAAUCAUUGAACCUUUUUUCAAGAAAGACAAGAAUUUUGGAGUCUGCUAUUAAUGGACCAUAUUUAUUACAGUUUUUAAAUUGUACAAUCUGUAUUAUAGCUAUUUGUCCAACAUUACCCCACGUAUAAUAAAUAAAACACUUAAUAUGAGCGUAAUUGCCCCAUAAAGAACUCAUGUCCUGAAUUAAUAAGUCUUUUCAUUGCCAGUCACUUGUGCAAUUUAUAGAGACUAUCAACUUUUUGCACCGUAUAUGAAGGAAACAAAGUGCAAAAAUAGUUUGCUCUCUCCCUGAAGAAAACUGAGUGCUUAUAGCCUAUAUCUUCCAUAUGAAAAAGUAAGAAUAUCAGUCUUUUUAAUGUUAUUCUAAGAAAAUAUUGGUAUAAUUUUAGUGGCAGAGUGUAUCACUCAGAAAAAUAAAAGCUACUCUAGAUAUGCCAAGCAGAGAAGAAUUUCAUGCCAGGGAUUGGCUAGAAAGUUCUUCAAAAGACUGAAAGAACAGAAGGGAGGUAGAAGGGGGAGCCAGACAAAAGGGAAGAAGGGCUUUGCCGCCACAGAUCAGGAGCUGCUCCUGCCCCUGGCUUGGAGCCCCAAGCCCACAUUUGCCACUGAGCUGUCGGAGCUGCUGUGGCCACUGCAGUGCUCAGAAGCCCAGGAGUCUCUUUGCCAGUGCUGCUGACAACUUGCACUGCUGCUGUCCAAGCUGCCAAGCCCACCACCAAAAGAAGAAACAUCUCUGCACUUUCUCCAAGCUUCUAAUUCUUACCCCAGUGCCAAGAAAUAGCAGAACCAAACUGGAAGCCACUUGACUAGAAGUCUGGGAGGAGUGGUCCGCAACUGUAAACCCCCAGCACUGUGGCCGGUGGCCUAGAAAGGCGUGUGGAGUGAAAAGCCAGCGCACAGAAGUAUUAAUUACACCUGUUAUUCUGCCUUUGUAGUCUUUUGCCAUACUUGCAAAUAACUUAAGUGAAUUUGAUAUUACUGGAAUUAGUUGCCUUUAUUUUGCCAGUUGAAAAAAAAGAUUUUGAAAAAACUCAAUGAAACAUGAUUAAACAGAGGUUUCGAAGUAAAAUAAGUCUGGAUUUGAGUUCUGGUUCUAUCACUUACUAGCUGUGUGGGCCUGAACAAGUUAUUUAAUUUCCCACAGAGAGAAACAGGGUGGUCUUGCUCUGUCACCCGGGCUGGAGUGUAGUGUUAUGACCAUAGCUCACUGCGACCCUGAACCGCUGUGCUUAAGGGAUCCUCCCGCUUUAGCCUCCCGAGCUGGGACUGCAGGCACACACCACCGUGCCUUCCUGAUUUUUAAAUUUUUUUGUAGAGAUAAGGUCUUGCUUUCUUGCCCAGGCCGGUCUUGAACUCUAGGCCUCAAGUAAUCCUCCCACCUUGGCCUCCCUAAGUACUGGUAUUACAAGCAUGGGCCACCUUGCCUGGCCCAAUUUCUCACCAUCUUAAUUCCCUCAAACUGAGGACAGUAAAAGUAUCUACCUUCUAGUGGCAGGAGGUUUGAAUCAGUUCGUAUAAAGCAUCUAGGCCCAGCACGGUGGCCCACGCCUAUAAUCCCAGCACUUUGGGAGACCAUGGUGGGCAGAUCAUGAGGUCUGGAGAUCGAGACCAUCCUGGCUAACAUGGUGAAACCCCGUCUCUCCUAAAAAUACAAAAAAUUAGCCAGGCGUGGUGAUGCAUGUCUAUAAUCCCAGCUUCUCAGGAGGCUGAGGCGGGAGAAUCACUUGAACCCGGGAGGCAGAGGUUGCAGUGAGCAGAGAUCAUGCCACUGCUCUCCAGCCUGGAUGAUAGGGCAAGACUCUUGUCUAAAAAAAAAAAAUGCAUCUAGCACAGUACCCGAGUGCCAAAAAUGCUAGUUAUUAUGAGUAUAUAGGCUUCUAUUUAGCUAAUUGCAAGUUUUUAAAUUGCAGUUUCAAUAAUAAAAUUAUUUUGUACUUUGAAGGUGUUAUACUAAAUAUUUCUCCACAGUAAUUAGUUUAAAAAUGCAAGUUACUUAAUUUGCAGUGAUAUUUUAAUGACAUUUGACCUAUAUUUAAAACAUUGUCCAAUAACUAUUUACAUAGGUCUUAGACAGACUUCUAAAGAUCAUAACAAAUAAGAAUAGUUGGGCUGGCCGGGCAUGGUGGCUCACUCCUGUAAUCGCAGCACUUUGGGAGGCCGAGGCGGGUGGAUCACCUGAGGUCAGGAGUUCAAGACCAGCCUGGCCAACAUGGUGAAACCCCGUCUCUACUAAAAAUACAAAAAAUAGCCAGGUGUGGUGGCAGGCACCUGUAAUCCCAGCUACUUGGGAGGCUGAGGUAGGAGAAUCGCUUGAACCCAGGAGGUGGAUGCUUCAGUGAGCCGAGAUCAAGCCACUGUACUCCAGCCUGGGCAACAGAGUGAGACUCCACCUCAAAAAAAAAAAAAAAAAAAAAAAAUAGCUGGGUUGGGUGUGGUGGCUCAUACCUGUAAUCCCAGCACUUAGGGAGGACUAAGUUAGUGGAUUGCUUAAGCCCAGGAGUUCGAGACCAGACUGGGCAACAUAGUGAAACCUUGUCUCUACUAAAAACUAAAAAAAAAAAAAUUCUCCAGGCAUGGUGGUGUGCACCUGAAGUCACAGCUACUUGGGAGGCUGAAGUGGGAGGAUGGCUUGAGGCCAGGAGGCAGAGAUUGCAGUGAGCCAAGAUUAUGCCACUGCACUCCAGCCUGGGUGACAGUGAAACCCUGUCUCAAAAGAAAAAUAGUAAUAAUAAUACAAAUAAAUACACCAUAGAAAAAAAUACAAAGGGCUUUUUUUCUCCCCACUAGAGAUGGAGUCUUGCUCUGUCACCCAGGCUGGAGUACAGUGAAGCAGUCAUAGCUCACUGCAGCCUCAAACUCCUGAGCUCAAGCAAUCCUGUUGCCUCAGCCUCUUGAGUAGCUGGGACCAUACAGGUGCAUGUCACCACAUUCAGCCAAUUUUUUUUUUUUUAAAUUUUUUGUAGAGCUAGGAUCUUGGUAUGCUGCCCAGGCUGGUCUCAAACUCCUGGCCUCAGGCAAUCUUCCUGAGUUGCUGACAUUAGAGAUGUGAAUAACCGUGCAUGGCCCAAAGGGCUUUGGAACAUGUGAAAAGAAAUAAAACCUCCCUAAUGCUAAUAAAAAUGCAAAUUAAAACUACCUUAGAUUCCAUUUUUUACUUGCCUGAAUGGCAGAAAUUAAAAUUUGAUAACUGUGGACAAAAUUAUCAGAAAAUUUAUUCUUAUAUCUUGGUGGGAAUUUAAAUUUGUAUAAGUUCUUUGAAGGACAAUUUGACGAUCUCUUCAAAAUUACAAAUAUGCAUACCUUUUGACCCAACUAUUCCAAUUUUAGGAACACACACUUGUAAGUUACUCACUAUGCCAUUAUUCUCAGAGAAAAAGUUUGGGAACAACCAAAGUACUCAUCAGGAGGGGAAAGUAGGCCUGGCAUGAUGGCUCACACCUGUUAUCCUAGGACUUUGGGAGGCCAAGGUGGAAGGAUCACUUGAAGCCAGGAGUUUGAAACCAGCCUGGACAACAUAGUAAGACCUCAUCUCUACAAAGAAAAAAAUUUUUUUAAAGAAGGGAAUGGGCUAACUGCAUGUGGCCAUAUACAGAAUGAGGAAGUACUCAGUCCUUCUGUACAACAGUUUCUGGACAGACUGGCAUCCUUUAUUAGCCCCCCUAAAAUGUGUUGGAAGACAAAAUUUAGAUAAUGGAAGUACCUUCCUUGAUUGAUUGACUUAAUGGAGAUGGGGUCUCACUAUGUUGCCCAAGCUGGCCUUGAACUCCUGAGCUCAAGCAGUCCUCCCACCUCAGCCUCCUGAGUAGCUGUCUAUGAUUUUAUUUUUAUUUAUUUAAUUAUUUACAUAUUAUUUAUUUAUUUAUUUUUGAGACAGAAUCUCCUUCACCCAGGCUGGAGUACAGUGGCAAAAUCUCGGCUCACUGCAGCCUCUGCCUUGUGGGUUCAAGUGAUUCUCGUGCCUCAGCAUCCCAAGUAGCUGGUAUUACAAACACAUACCACCAUGCCUGGCCAAUUUUUAUAUUUUAGUAGAAAUGGCAUUUCACCACAUUGCCCAGACUCAUCUUGAACUCCUGAGUUCAAGCCAUCUGCCUGCCUCAGCCUCCCAAAGUGCUGGGAUUACAGACAUGAGCCACCGUGCCUAGCCUGUCUAUGUUUAAAUGAGGAAAACAUGUUCUUGGCCCAUCCAGAAACCCCAACCAGUCUUCCAAAUACCACUAAAACAAAACAUUUAACAUGCCACCAACAGUUUGCAGAAUAUAACCUGAUUUUUUUAAUGCCUGUAAAUUCAAUAUUGGAUAAGUUCAUGUAUCAUAAAAAAACAAAAUUACACUGCCUAUCCACAUUCAAUUUUCUUUCACCCCAAUAAAUGUGUAUUGUAAUUGAACAGUGAAAUAACUGUGAAAUAACUUGGCCGGGCAUGGUGGCUCCC